AUGCAACAGCGGCGCAUGCUUUUUAAAAAUACCUGUAUUUAUAAAAAAAAUAUACUAGUUCUCUCCUUUCUUUUACAGAAAGAUUCGGACAUCCUGUCCAAGUACUCAGCUGGACAAAUACGAGAGCUAAGGGAAGCGUUCAAAUUGUUCGACAAAGAUGGCGACGGUUCGAUCACCGCGGAAGAGCUUGGAACCGUCAUGCGGAACCUUGGACAAUUUCCGUCCAUGGACGAGCUGAAUAUGAUGCUGAAAGAGAUCGACAUUGAUGGUGAUGGAACGUUUAGUUUUGAAGAGUUUGUACAAGUGAUGGCUAACAUGGGCGGACUUAGUGAACAGUCUGAGGAGGAUGAAGAGAAAGAGUUGAGACAAGCUUUUACUGUUUUUUGCAAAUCUGGGUGUGGCUACAUAUGUGCUUCGGAUAUCCGAGCAAUUCUACAAUGUCUAGGGGAAGAUCUGACAGAAGAAGAAAUCGAUGAAAUGAUUGCCGAGGUGGACAUCGACGGAGACGGCAGAAUAGAUUAUGACGAGUUUAUAGCGUGUGUUUGCUCCGACACAAGUGCUGACAAAGAGGACAGCAAGGUGGAAUCUCCGAGACCAAGUCCCAAAGUGGGCCAGUCCGAACCGGACACGACGCGUCCGCAACCACAGGUUGUAGUUGAAAGGAACGCAGAUCCGAGCACCUCGAAAGCACAAGAUGGCCCUGAAUAGGCUCGGUGUACAGCAAACAUAAACUAUGAACAAAAAUAUUUCUUUUUCUGAAAGUUUUUUUCUGUUAAUCCUUUGUUUUUUACGCUUAGAUUUGAGACGCAUUAAUGCAAACCUGCAAAUUUUCAACAAAAUAUAUUCUUACUGAAUACAAUCGGGCAUGCAUUGUACUGUAUUAAAUAUUCAAAUUAUAUUUGUAUUGAAAGAACCACAAAAAGGAAAUGUCUGAUGAUUUGACAACAGUCACUCACGUAAACGUUUACAGGUCUAAAUACCGAGAUGAAACAUCCUUCUGUUUCUGUUGUUGUAUUUCAUACCUUAAACUGUUGUAAUAAAAAAUGUUUUGUUUAUAUCAAAACGAGUGAAUUUAUACUUUAAAAUUGAAAACAUAUAAAUAAAUAAUGUGAAAAAAUAACGGAAUGGUCACAGGAAACAUAUUAUCAGCACUGCCUGGGACUUUGAAUUCUUUCAUAUGUGGAAGCUGGCCAGCUAGCUUACGAAAUGUCGUAAAAAGUUUUACUCAGUUGUUCGUUCUUGCCUGAAAUAAUACACGGAACGGCACUUGAUGUCUUCCUUCACCAGUAAAGAUGGAACCUCUCCAUAUGACCUUUACAAUGUUAGUGUGACUUAAAACACAACUCAAAAAAGUGCUUCAGUCCGAUAUUAGGAGGCGACAUUUUGUGUCAGUCACGUGCGUAAUUAUACCACUCUUUCGCCACGUGCGUAAUUAUACCACUCUUUCAAUGGUGAAUGUAAGCAAAUUCUAGUAAAUAUAAAAUAAAAUAAAAUUCAACACUCACUUUAGAUCCUGAUGGGUGUGUGUCUUUAAAUCACAUGACGAAUGCAAACCCAAAUUUCACACGUGGCACGAAGAACUAUCUGUGUAUUAACUUAACGAUAUAACUAGACAUUAUUCCUGAUGGCAAUUAAUUUGCAAAUAUUUUAUGUUUUUAAUCAAAGCACAUAUUCUGCUAUAAAUUUUCCAUCACAAUUACAGGUCUUCAAAAGAUAAAAAGAAAUAACUGUAAACAAACUGCUUACAAAUGGAAGCCCCCAUUUGCCGAUUUUGUGGCAAAAGUGAUAGACAUAUAAUUCAUUUAUAAAGUGGAGGAAAGAAUAACAGUGAUUUUGUGAAAUUGAUAACAGUCAAGUUUCCUUCCAAAUCAGGCAUAGAUGAAGUUUGAAAAAGUUAUAGGAGUAACUUAAUCAAGAAGGAGCACUGCCUUAUCAACGGUGUAUACUCGUUAUCUACAUACGAGGCCUACGGAAGGAGACGCUCUUUUAUGAUUGACGUCUUGAUUGACAUUAUUAUAUUUAUUUCACACUUUUCAACCGUUGACAAUGGUUUAAAUUAUGAUUUAUUUCAUCUGAAUGAAUGCAAGUCAAAUUUUGGCUGUUGUUCAAAUAUGGUUUGUUGUUGUUCAGAUAUUUUUCAGUUCAAUUUAAUUUAUUACUGCAUAAUUACGAAAACGCCGAAAACCGAAAAUUUAAUUACUACUCUAUUUUUUCAAUUUGAUUCUAUCCGCUAAUGCCCCAAGUGUGGAACGCCAAAUUAACAUAAACUCGAUUACAAGAGUCUCUGUUUAAAUAUUUGCAGAGAAGAUCAACUGAUUUGGAGAGCUAUAAUUUAAUUUAUGCGAAGUGUAAAUCAUUUAGAACUCUCGAAAUUAUUACUGUGUAAAUAAAAAGUUAACUUAUU